AUGACCGGAGCCGACAAGGACGCAGCCCUCAGGCGGCUCCGCCGAGACAAGAAGAAUCUGAUUGAUAUGCACAAUCGGAAUUGUGAGACAAUCAGAAGACUGCGGGCCGAGAAGGAGACGCUCGAGGCCGAGAAGGCCUACACUAUCGAUCAACUCCAGGCCUUACUUGAUGGUAUGGCGCCUACCGUGGUGGAGACUGCCGACGGUGGAGACAACAGCGAGACGACUGGCACCGACAUGAAGCCCCCACACGACGUCGGCCUUUUCAGCGUGAUAAGGUAUUGGCUACGGAAGACGUGGGAGGCUUGGGCGACCAACCCCCACCAAGCACCUCCGUUCCUUUUUGCAAUGGGAUUUGCUAUACUUUUGGCCUGGAUAUUGGGAAACGUCGCUGUGGGAGUCUACGAUGCCUAUAUGGACUCCGGCCCACAGCAAGGAUUCAAGUUGGUCCGAGGCUUGUUAAGCGCGGUUCCGGGUGCCUUCCAGCUUAUGAUGUUUUUCUUCCCCCCUGUACAUGCCAGGUUCUGA